CAGAGGUCUCACCUCGUGGCACAAACAGCUGGUCCUGGCCCCAAGGAGCAGGGAGGCAAAAAGAGGCCCUGGGCCCAAGGCAGAUUGCUUCCCUUCAGGCUAAGAUGCAAGCUGCCUGCACACUGCAGAGGCACAGAUUGUGAGCUGCAGGCACUGCGACAACACAUUAGGCCAAGAGACCUUCCAGCUUGCCUGUUGCUUCCCACAGCCCCUGGUUCCUUCAUGGCUCCUACUCUCUACAGCCUGCAGGGCAACUGGACUCCCCUGGCCACCCUGGCCUUGCUAUGGGCCUCUUUGGCCUGGGUGGAGGGAAGGCCCGGGUGUCCGUCCUGUACGACGCCCCCUGUGGAGCCCAACGCCGAGAAAGCCUUCCUGGUCGAGGUGGCGAAGCAGCAGAUCCUGCAGAAACUCAACCUGAGCGAGCGGCCCAACAUCACCCACCCCGUGCCACGUGCGGCCAUGGCCAACGCCCUGCGGCGCCUGCACAUGGGCAAAGCCCAGCUGGAUGGGACGGGGCACGUCUCUGGCUGGGAGAACCCCAACCCUGACGAGCAAGGCUACGAGAUCAUUAGCUUUGCAGAGACAGCAGACCCUUCUGGACUACUCCAGUUCCAGCUCACCCAUAUCAAAGGCCAAGACAUGCACAUCCUCCAAGCCCAGCUGUGGCUGCACCUGAAAGCCCACCGAAACGUCACCCUUCAGAUCUACCGGGCAGGGCAUCGGCAGGCUGCCCUGGCAGAGCAGCAGAUGGGGAGCCAGGGGAGUGGCUGGCAGAGCUUCUCCCUCAUGCCGGCGAUGCAGAGCGUCUUUGAGCAGGAGGAGAAGACCCUGCACCUGGAGCUGCAGUGUGUCGGCUGCCGAGCUGGUGCCGCGUCUUUGGUGACAGCCGCCAGCAGCUCCCACCAGCCCUUUCUGGUGGUUAAGGCCAAGAGCCGAGAGACUGGCCAUCGAGUGGCGAAGCGCAGCUUGAGCUGUGACCAGAACACAAAAGUUUGCUGCCGGCAAGACUAUUACGUAGACUUCCGGGACAUUGGCUGGAACGACUGGAUCUUUCAGCCAGAGGGUUAUCAGAUAAACUACUGCAUGGGCGAGUGCCCCAUGCACCUGGCUGGUGCACCUGGGAUCGCUGCUUCCUUCCACACUACCGUCUUCAACUUGGUCAAAGCCAACAACAUCCAGACAGGGGCUCGCUCGUGCUGUGUCCCCACGCAGCGACGGGCCCUUUCUCUGCUCUACUUCGACCCGAACAGCAGCCUCAUCAAGACGGACAUUCCCGACAUGGUCGUUGAAGCUUGCGGUUGCAGCUAAGCACAGGAUUGACACUGCAAGGAACAUUGAUAGGGACAGAGAAGGGGACAUGGAACAAAUUCCCCUCUGUGCCCAUUCGGACAUCCGUGAUGCUCCAUUCCAAGUUGGGGUGGGGCAGGAGGAUGGCAUGGACGCUUUUCAGAGAGCAACAGUGGUUCCUGCAGAAGAAAGGCAGGGGCAGUGGGACAUCACCCAUCCUGCCUCCCCCCUCCGCAAAAUGUACACAUUCACGGUAAAGCAAAGAGAGGGUGCUAGGUAGGGCUGCCAACAGGAUCCUUUGGACCACAGACACUAUUUGUAUUGAUAGACCCUAUGAGCUCUGUCCCCACCCCCACGUAGAUCUGUAGCUCAGUGGCAGAGCAGCUGCUUUGCAUGCAGAAGGUCCCCGGUUCAAUCCCCAGCAUCUCCAGGUAAGGCUGGAGAACCUCCUGCCUGAAACCCUGGAGAGUCAUUGCUGCCAGUCAAUAUCAGCAAUCCUGGGCUAGAUGGGUCUGGCUCAGGGUAAGGCAGCUUUCUAGGUUCCUAUCCACUUCUACCUCUUCCCCAACCCCUAUCCGUAGCCUUGGGGUUAGGCCAAAUGACAAGUGGGGGAAAGGUCAGCAAAACAUGCUCCCCGUGAAUGUCCACCAACACAGAACAUGUACUUCCCUUCUGCUUUUGAUGCACUCAGAAUCCCAGUGCUGAGUUGGAGAGGGAGACGCAAGAGAGUUACUCUCAGAAACCCCUUCAGAGCUGACUAGUUGGGAAUAAGGGGGCAGAGUUUGGGGUCCUCAGCCUGAAAGGCAAAUUUCACUGGGGCAGAUCGCUAAAGUUCUCGCUGUUGCUACUUUCGUUUUCACAGCCUUCCUUGCAGUCUGUGUCUCCAGGUGGACCAGGCAGUGUUUACUUGAGGAAAUCCUGCACUGGGCAUACAGGAAAAAGGGGAAGACCGAGGAGACGUACCUGCACGUCCAGUUGGUGACACUGAC